AUGGCUUCGCGAACAAACCCCCGAUCCGCCCUGAGCCUCCUGGCCAGGAGAACCCGAAUCGUCCAGACGCCAGCGACCUCGGCCACGGCCGCCCGCAACGCCGCGCGACAGCUCCCCACGCCCGUGCGAUACCUUUCCACGGCGACACUCAGAUCCCGGUCCUCGGCGCGGACGACAUCGACUCGUCCCAUCGCCUUCGCGGCGCCCGGCGCGCCGCUCGCCCCGCGCGGUGCCCGCACAAUUUUUAUCCAGACCGAAGCGACGCCCAACGCCGACGCCGUCAAGUUCGUCCCGAACCACCGCGUGAUCCCCGAAACCAUCACGGUGCCCUACAUAGAAUACCUCAACCCGCGCUCCACCAUUUCGCCCCCGUACCCGUCCCCGCUCGCGGCGAACCUCAUGAACGUCGAGGGCGUCACCUCGGUCUUUUACGGCACAGACUUCAUCACCGUGACCAAGAACCCUGACGCGAACUGGGCUCAUAUCCGUCCCGAAGUGUUUGCGCUCAUCACCGAGGCUGUUACCUCGGGCCAGACCCUCGUCACCGCCGCUGAGGGCAAGGAGGGCCACCCUGUCGAGGAGGACAGUCUCGCCUACGACGAAAAUGAUAGCGAGGUUGUGGGUAUGAUCAAGGAGCUUUUGGAUACCAGGAUACGGCCUGCCAUCCAGGAGGACGGCGGCGAUAUCGAGUUCCGCGGCUUCGAAGAUGGCUACGUGCUCCUCAAGCUGCGCGGCGCCUGCAGGACGUGCGACUCGAGCACUGUCACUCUCAAGAAUGGCAUCGAGGGUAUGCUGAUGCACUAUAUCGAAGAGGUCAAGGGUGUACACCAGAUGCUAGACCCUGAAGAGGAGAUUGCCGUUCAGGAGUUUGCCAAGUUCGAGGAGAAGCUCAAGCAACAGCGAGGAAGGGAGGCGUGA